CAAGGGUGGCGUGGGAAUCUUUCGAAGCCGGCAUUCCUGUUUUUAUACCGACUUAGCGCACUGCACGCCACAUACAGAUUGAUUUGCUAAGCAUCAAAUCUCCGAAAAAUGGCAGAUAACGAUGACCUUCUAGAUUAUGAAGAUGAAGAACAAACUGAACAAGUAAUUGAAACAAAUGGAGAAGUUGCUCCAGCAAAAAAAGAAGUUAAAGGAACAUACGUUUCUAUUCAUAGUAGUGGUUUUAGAGAUUUUCUGUUAAAGCCAGAAAUCCUUCGUGCAAUUGUUGACUGUGGAUUCGAACAUCCGUCAGAAGUUCAACAUGAAUGUAUUCCACAAGCUGUUCUUGGUAUGGAUAUACUUUGUCAAGCCAAAUCUGGAAUGGGAAAAACAGCAGUAUUUGUAUUAGCUACUUUACAACAGAUAGAAUUGACUGAAAAUCAAGUUUAUGUCCUAGUAAUGUGCCAUACUAGAGAAUUAGCCUUUCAAAUAAGCAAAGAAUAUGAAAGAUUUAGUAAAUACAUGCCUCAAGUCAAGGUAGCAGUAUUUUUUGGAGGUCUACCAAUACAAAAAGAUGAAGAAGUUUUGAAAACAAUGUGCCCACAUAUAGUUGUUGGAACACCUGGACGUAUUUUAGCUUUAAUUAAAAGUAAAAAACUAAAUUUAAAGCAUUUGAAACAUUUUGUUCUUGAUGAAUGUGACAAAAUGUUAGAACAAUUAGAUAUGCGCAAAGAUGUUCAAGAAAUUUUCCGAAGUACGCCUCAUGGGAAACAAGUUAUGAUGUUCAGUGCUACAUUGUCAAAAGAGAUUCGUCCAGUCUGUAAAAAAUUUAUGCAAGAUCCUAUGGAAGUUUAUGUAGAUGAUGAAGCUAAACUCACUCUUCAUGGUUUACAACAACAUUACGUAAAACUAAAAGAAAAUGAAAAAAAUAAGAAGCUUUUUGAACUUUUGGAUGUUCUUGAGUUUAAUCAAGUAGUUAUAUUUGUGAAAUCAGUACAGAGAUGUACAGCUUUAGCUCAACUUUUAACUGAACAAAAUUUCCCUGCAAUUGGAAUUCAUAGGGGUAUGACUCAGGAAGAACGAUUAACGAAAUACCAAUCAUUUAAAGACUUUCAACAGCGCAUUCUGGUGGCUACAAAUCUUUUUGGUCGCGGUAUGGAUAUAGAACGAGUAAAUAUUGUAUUCAAUUACGAUAUGCCUGAAAGUUCUGAUACUUAUCUCCAUAGAGUAGCUCGCGCAGGACGAUUUGGCACCAAAGGAUUGGCUAUUACUUUCGUUAGUGACGAAAGUGACGCAAAAAUCUUAAAUGAUGUACAAGAAAGAUUUGAUGUGAACAUUACAGAAUUACCAGAAGAGAUAGACUUAGCUUCAUACAUUGAAGGACGAUAAGGAUUUGCUGAAACUUCAAAUUUCCUCAUCUAAUUUUCUAAAACAUAAACUCGACUUCUCUAGUUAUUCAAAGUAUCAAUUGUGAACUUGCAGUUUCAUUAUAAUUUUUGUAUUCGUACAAAAAAUUACAUUUCAUUGUAAAUUCAUUGACAUACUUUUGUAAUUGUGAUCCAUUAUCAGUUGUAAGAUUAAUUUCUGUAAAUUUAACAGAUUUUAACUUAAACAUAUUAUCUAAUUUCCUAAAAUACAAAACUGACUUAUCUACCUAUUCAAAUGUGAACUUACAGAUUCACUAUGGUUUUUGUAUUUGUACAAAAAAAUGCAUUUUUUGUAGAUUCAUUAAUAUAUGCUUUUGUAAUCGUGAUCCACUAUCAAUUGUAAAAUUUUUUU